AAAUACGUGUACUUAAUAUUUUUGUCUACCUUUUAUACGGUCUAGCUAUAAGCAGCAAGUAUAUGUAAUGUAUUCAAUCUUACCCCGAGGCACAGAUGUGCACGGCAUAUCGUCACUGUUUGUACUGAAGUCAGUGUGCACUUUUCGAGAUUCCACAUCAGAUAGGAAGGUGUGAUGUCAGUAAAAGAAAUGGAUGCCUUACAAACUUCAUCGAGUGAAAGUGAUAUAAAGCAAGUUCUGAAAUCAGAUGAAUGCGAUACAACACAUUUUAGAAAUAACUCUCACUCUGUCAGAAUACUAAAAGAUUUACAAUCUCUACGCAAAAAUGAAGUUUUAUGUGAUAUUAGAUUUGAAACAGAUGAUGGAUGUGUAACGUUUGGUCAUAAAAAUGUUUUAAUGGCAUCUAGUUCAUAUUUCGGUUCAAUGUUCGAAUUGUGGAAAAUUGGAAAACCCGGCAAAAACACCGUUAGUAUAAAAAAAAUAGAUUCCCCUGUCUUACAACUAUUAUUAGAUUAUAUUUACUCGGGUGAAAUUAUAGUCACAAAAGAAAAUGCACAGGCUUUGUUGCCAGCUGCCAACAUCUUACAGAUAGAUUUUGUAAGUAAUGCAUGUGCUGAAUUUUUGAAAAAACAACUAUAUGCAUCAAAUUGUCUUGGUACCAAAGCGUUUGCCGACUUACACAACUGUACGGAAUUGUUGUCGAGCUCUGAAGUAUACAUUAAAAAACACUUUUUAGAAGUGGUUAAAAGUGAUGAGUUCCUAUCUUUAUCUUCUGAAGAUGUACUUAAGCUUAUCUCCUGUAAUGAUCUGUUUGUCCCACUUGAAGAAAAAGUAUUUGAAUGUGUUAUUAAAUGGGUAACUCAUGAUUUGGAUCAGAGAAGAGAUUUUUUGGCAGAAUUAAUGGAACAUGUGCGUUUGCCAUUAUUAGAGCCUGAUGUAUUGUUUAAAAUAUCUGAAGAAACUCUUCUAAAUAACAGUCCUAAAUUAAUGCUUUUAGGUAAAGAUUAUGUAUUUGACGCAUUACAAUUUAAUCUACAAAAAUCAGUUCAGCAUUUCACCAUUCCAAAAACAAUUAGGUGUAAGCCUAGACAGUUUGGUUGUUCUCAAAAAGUUAUUCUAAUGUUCAAUCGGUCUGAGACAUUCAAUAAGUGUUGUACACAUUGGUAUGACCCAUCGACUAAACUACAAGAGAUUGCACCAGAGUUGAAUGGUUGUCGCUGGGAUGCUGGUCUUGGUGUAAUUGGAGAUCAAUUUGUGUUUGUUAUAGGAGGGAUAAAUAGUUUAAGUUCAAAAUCUGUUAGUAUGCUUGAUGUAUCUUCACUAUCACCUUCUUGGUGUCCAAUGGUCGACAUGUUAGUUAGUCGAAAAAGAUUAGGAGUUGGUGUGUUGGACGAUUGCAUUUAUGCUGUUGGCGGAGAAGACGGUGACAUUGUAUUAAAUAGUGUAGAGAUAUUUGAUGUCAGUAUUCAAAAAUGGCGAAUGGUGUCUAGUAUGUCUACUAAGAGAUUUGAUCUUGGUGUUGGUGUUCUCAAUAAUUGUUUAUACGCGGUCGGAGGUUCUGAUAGUAAAUGUUGUUUGAAAUCUGUGGAAUAUUAUGAUCCCACACUUGACACAUGGACAUCAAGUGCAGAAAUGUCUAUUGGUCGCCAAGGUGUUGGUGUAGGAGUAUUGGAUGGUGUUAUUUAUGCUAUUGGCGGCUACAAUGGAGUUAAGGAUCUGAAAAGUGCUGAGGUUUAUAGACCUUGUGAUGGAGUAUGGUCUUCUAUUGCCGAUAUGCAUUUUUCCCGAUUUUGCCCAGGAGUAGCUGUAUUAGAUGGUUUAUUGUAUGUUAUUGGAGGAGAAAUAGAAGAACCCUUUAUGGAUACUAUGGAAGUUUUCAACCCCGACACCAAUACUUGGACUAUUGAGACAUUGUCAAAAAGUUAUGUACGAUUUUAUGGUGGAGUAGUCGUUGAUAAACCACCACGAGAUAAAUAAUCAGCAUAUAGAAUGGUCUCAUUGUUGGUAGUAAUGUAAACAUGUUAAUGUAUAAUUUAAAUUGAUUAUGUACAAAUUUAGUAAAUAAGCUAUAGAAUUAAUUUUAUUGCAGUAAAUCAGUUAAACUCACAUAAUAUAUUAUUUACAUUAUAUCUUUUAUAUUCUGUGCUGAGUGAUUUUGGUAUGAUUUCUUUUUUGCAUACAUGUUCAGUACUAGUUUGUUUUAUUUGAUUCUUGAUA